AUGAGUGGCACCUCCCAUGAUCCCGUGGUGCUAGCCCCUGACUCAAGCCCUCCUGCCAAUGGUGCAUCGUAUGAGGCAUACCCUAACAAGCGCCAGCGUCCUGAUGAUAGUGCGGUGCCGGAUGCUAGCACUUCGUUUCGACAAGGCUUAGAAGCAUUCCAAUACCGUGGCCCAGGUGCUGCUGCAGCAUCCCCCUCAGCGGUGCCAUCCAGUGUUCAGGCUGCCCCAGCAUCACGCCCUGUGUCGGCCCCUUCUGACAGUAUCUUGCAGAUUAAAGCGACGCGGCUAGCGCGCCUCUUUUCGAGUUAUUCAGUGGAAGAAUGCAUGGAUGUGUUGCGCAACUCGAACUACGACUUGGGUGAAGCGAUCGAGAAACUACGGCCUAAGAAGGUAGCGCCGCCACCUGCGCCUGCCCCUGCUCCUGCGCCCGUCGCAGCACCGAUGCCCGUGUCUUAUGUACCUGCGCCUACGGCGCGAGCACCGCCGAAGAAGGCACCGAAGCGUCGAUCUCGCGCACGCUCUGAUUCCGAUACAGAUGAAUCCGUGAGCCUGGAUGGUGAAUCCUCGGAUGAAGAAGAGUUUGGGGAUGUGGAUGAGCGCACGCUGCAGCAGCAACAGCAGGCGUUGGCUUGGUUCAAUCAGUGUGAUGUAAGUCAUUUGAUUGAUACGAUCAACUGCUCGCAAGAGCAGGCUGACAAGAUUGUGUCGCUGCGUCCCUUUGAUACGGUCGACGAUGUGUAUGAGAAGCUGGGUGACAAGGCCGUGAAGGGUGUCUCGCCUCGUUUGUUUACCAACUGUGUGGAACUCAUGGCAGGUUAUAUGGAGGUAGAUGAGGUGCUGGCCAAGUGUGAAGCCAUUGGUACGCAGCUUCGUGAAGCUAUGAGCAGUUGGCGUUCGAACGAGGAGUCGGCUGCAGAUGAAUCGAUGGGUUCAGUAAGCAUUUCCGAGGUGAAACGUGAUGGUGCGAAGCGGGAAAGCUACUUGGACAAGCAGCCGAGUAACUUGGCCGAUGGUGUAGUGCUGAAGGACUACCAGUUGAUCGGUAUUAGCUGGCUCAACCUUCUUUAUCACAAGAAAACGUCGUGUAUCUUGGCCGAUGAGAUGGGCUUGGGGAAGACGUGCCAAGUGAUUUCCUUCCUUGCGCAUUUGAAAGAGUCGGGUAUACGCAAAGGCCCGCACUUGGUCGUGGCGCCUUCCUCUGUGCUGGAGAAUUGGUCGCGUGAGUUUCAACGUUUCUGCCCGGCGUUGGCGGUAGAAGUGUACUAUGGCUCGCAAGCGGAACGGCGCGAGUUGCGGGCCGACCUCAAGGCCCGCGACGACUAUGAUGUGCUGCUUACUACGUACGAUAUGGCGACUGGCAACCACGAUGACCAAUCGUUCUUGCGGAAACGUGGCUUCGAUGUGUGUGUGUUUGACGAAGGACAUAUGCUCAAGAACCGAAAGUCGCAAAAGUAUGCCAAGCUGCUGCGCAUUUCUGGACGAUGGCGUCUGUUGCUCACAGGAACGCCAUUGCAGAACAACUUGCAGGAACUUGUAUCGCUCCUCAACUUUAUCUUGCCAGACUACUUUACCGAUGCCGAGGAAGCGUUGGCAGCCAUCUUCAAAGUGAAACCAGGCGCUAGCACGACGCAGCUUUCCCAGCAGCGUGUAGAGCGUGCGAAGCGCAUGAUGCAGCCGUUUGUCCUGCGCCGCCGUAAAGACAAAGUGUUGCUCCUCACGAAGAAGACGGAGCGUGUCGAACUAUGUGACAUGACAGAGCGGCAGGCCAAGUUGUACAAUGACGUGCUGCAGCGGACUCGUGCAGCGCUUGCCGAGGACGAGGCGCCGGGUGUGAAGAGAAAGGACCGCGACUCGAGCAACGUGCUGAUGGAUCUGCGCAAAGCGGCGAAUCACCCUUUGCUGUUCCGACAAUGGUACGAUGACAAGAAGAUUGCUGCGCUAGCACGCGACUAUGUUCGUGAGCCUGAGCAUGCCGAGGAGAACCUGCAGCACCUGCGUGAAGACUUUGCGAUCAACACAGAUGCAGAGCUCUCGCUGCUAGCCCGCUCAUGGAAGUCGACACAGAAGCACGUAUUGCCGGAAGAGGAAUGGAUGAGCUCGGGCAAGAUUGUGGCGCUGCGGAAGAUCAUUGACGAGGUGGUCGCCCAAGGCGACCGUAUGAUUAUUUUCUCGCAGUUCACGUCGGUGUUGGACAUUCUGUGCGUGUGUUUGGAAUAUCUCGGUAUCAAGUAUGUCGGAUUUACCGGGCAGACCAAUGUGGGCGACCGCCAAUACCUUGUUGAUCAGUUUACGAACGACCCGAGCAUUCCUGUGUUCCUGCUUUCGACACGGGCAGGCGGGCUGGGCAUCAAUUUGGUCGCAGCCAACUGGGUCGUCCUCUUUGACCAGGACUUCAAUCCACAGAACGACAAGCAGGCGACGGACCGCUGUUAUCGCAUUGGACAGACCAAGCCGGUGACGGUCGUGAAGCUCAUCAGUCGCGGCACGAUUGACGAGGAUAUAUUGUCACUUGCGCAGCGUAAGCUCGAGUUGGCCGAUCGGGUGUCCGGGUAUGCCGACGGCGAAGGCGACGAAGACCAAAUGGAAUCUGAAAUCAAGGGGCGUAUCACGUCGUCCUUGUUGGCGCAGGUCCGAGAACGUGCUGCUACAUCGUAG